AUGGAGCCCAUCGUCAUCGACUCAAGCGACGAAGAGAACGUGGCUCCGAAUGGACACGAUGGCCGACCGGCGACCCCCCGAGAUCCCCGGAUGCGUCCUGGCACGUUUUACGCCGGCAGACUCACCAGAGCCUGCCCAACCGUGAUUCGACAGACUCGAGGCCCUCCCCGAGCCCCGUCGCCCCCGAUGCGGCCCACUACGUCUAGAGCACCACCGCGCCGGGCCACGCCGCGCCCGAUGUCCGAGUCUUCGGACGAAUCUCCCCCAACAUCGCCACCACGGCGCGCCGCGCCACCAACGCCUCCAAGACCAUCGGGCCGCUCGAUCUCCCCGUUCUACAUGGACAGCACUGGGCGCAGGAUCCCAUGUUCCGAAGCUCCGCCGGCCCGACUGGACUUUCUGAACCCGGGCUAUACGGGACCCCAUCGAGGCCCACAAAACCCGGAGGCGCCGGGUCAUUCUCGAUGGUUCCACAACCCGGGCACGCCAGGUCACUACCAGGGGGCCCAAAACCCGGCCGCUUCAGUGCCACCGGCACGAGAACGUUACAGUCCCCAGCCUGCCUCUCCGCGCGACGAGGACUACGAGCUGGAAGACAUCACCGAUAGUGAUGCCACACCUCCGUACCCCGGGUACCACGGGGAGGGAGCCAGCGAGCAGGACGACGAUGACGCUCAAACUAUCAGCAGCGACAGCGAGCCCGACGGUGAUGCCCCCUCGGCGGCACACUUCAUCUGGGAGGGAGAGGACCGUUGCGGCUACUGGCGGGGAUCGUGGAUCCAGCUGAUCCAUACCCGCUAUACCUCAAUCCUCAUCGAGGCCCCCUUCCGGCCGACUCCCGACCCGAUCGUCACCUUUCCCCCGUCACCGGAGAGGCUAUGUGUAAUGGCCCCGGACGAGGACUGGGAAAUGUACAUGGGGAACACCCCUGAGGUCCGCCCGCCGUCGCCAGCACUGGGGGAGGAUGCGGCCCUACCCAUCUUCCCCGGCGACCGGGCAGAUGCUAACGCCCCACUGGCGUCCACGAGCCAACACGCGUUCCGCCUCACUGACGAGAAGUACGACAACGCCCCACUGGCGUCCACGAGCCAACACGCGCUCCGCAUCACUGACGAGAAGUACGACAACGCCCCACUGGCGUCCACGAGCCAACGCGCGCUCAUCAUCACCGACGAAACCUACGACGACGCCCCACUGGCGUCCACGAGCCAGCACGCGCUCCUCAUCACCGGCGAGACCCACGACAACGCUCCACUAGCGUCCACGAGCCGAGGCUCGGUUCACACCGCCGACGAGACAGGCGAGCAUGGCUACCAGCCCACCUGA